AUGGCCAAUCCAAAUAUCUCACAAAUAGUUUCCAUAGGAUUAGUAUCCUUCUUGACAGGUUACUAUUUAAGACCAUACAUCGGAUGUGUCUCUCAAUGUACCAAAAAAUCCAAGAAACAUAUCCACAGCAGACCACCAUCCUCAUCAUCCACCACGGCUUCAUCCGAAGAAUCAACUGAAGAUUCAUAUUAUUCUGAAGAUUCAGAAGAAGACGAGGAUGAUGGAAUAGAUAUCAAUUCAACUGCAUUAAAUGAAAUCCCAGGUGAAGUAAGAAUGACCCUUAUAGUACGUCAAGAUCUUAAAAUGGGGAAAGGAAAAGCGGCAGCUCAAUGUCUGCAUGCUACGUUAGCAUUAUAUAAAAAGAUUACCAACCCACAUUCAGAAGCUUAUAAUCCAGAUAUGGUUAGUCGAUGGGAAUAUGGAAAUGGUCAAGCUAAGAUUACUUUGCAAGUACCUAAUCAAGAAGAGAUGGAUUUAUUAUAUGCUCAAGCUAUUAGUUUGGGGAUCAAUGCAUAUAUUGUCCAUGAUGCGGGUAGAACUCAGAUUGCUGCUGGUAGUGCUACCGUUUUAGGUUUAGGCCCUGCCCCAAAGAAAGUCAUAGAUCAAAUCACCAAAGAUUUAAAAUUAUAUUAA